AUGUUACGUUACGUCACCGGCGCCAACGGCAACUCCGGCGACGACGCCCUCCUCUCCGAGGAUGGCGGAAUCAACGUCCGCGCCCUCCCCGAGGACGUCCAGGCCGUGUUCGCGGAUAUCGACGCCAACGGCGACGGAGUCCUCGACAUGGACGAGUUCAAGACGAUGCUCAGCACCUACGCGGUGCUGCGCAGGUCGAACCAGGAGGGCUCCGUCUCCAUCUCGACCCUCCCCGACAAGGUACAGCCCGCGCUGAAGGUGUUCGACCAGGACGGCGAUGGCACCGUCGACCCCAAGGAGCUCAUGCGCGCCGCGGAGCUCUAUCAAUCCUCCAAGAAGUCCCAGAAACGUAUGCGUAAGUUCAUCAUCGGCCUCGUGCUCUUCGUCGUCGCGCUCAUCGGCAUCAACAGCGCCAUGACCUUCAUGAUGGUCGAGCUGGGCAAGGAGACCAAGGCUUCCCCCGACGGCGUGAUGCGCGUCAACGCCGGCGGCGGCCAACAUGGUGCCGUCGUGAAGACCGCCGCCAACGGGGAACCGGCGCCGCUGACCACGGCUCUACCGGACGCCGCGUUCGAGCAGCUCAAGCAGUUCCAGGUCGACUCUCCCACUGGCGCGCACGUCUCACUCGCCGUGCAGGGCUGGUACCGCGUGCCUCAACCCACUGCAGCAACCGGCAGCGUCGUCAAGCUCAUCACCGCCGCCGGCUUCAUCAUCCUUGAUGGAACCGACAUGACUUUCGAGGAGACCCUCGGAACUGUCUUCACCGAGGCUGGAUUCACGGUCGGCGGCCGCAAGCUCCUCGGCAUCUACGCGCUCGUCGGCCUGUUCAACUCCAUCGACGACUGGGCCGGUCUCACAGAUCAUGAGCGGGAGCCAGGCUUUGGGCUGAACGAUUUCACGAUGUCUUACGGCGUUCGCCAUUUGUGCAACGCGACCGAGGGCGCCGAAGAAAAAGCGUGCGUUGACCCUUACGGAAUCCCUCAUCGUGGACUCGUGGUGGUCGAUGGCGUGCACUACAUCGAGGUCAACACCACGAUCGAGAUGUCUGUUGCGACCAUGGAGGCGAUUGAGACGACUUUCCGUCCAGAGUUCGAUUCUGUGAUUGAGCGGUACAAAUCUCCGGACCUUCACCUCAAAAGACAAAUCAAAUUCGACAGCGAUUCCGGAUUCGGAUCCAAACACUACUACUGCAUGGACCUGAUACCCGAGUUGCCCGCUACUUGGAACGUAACCAAUGCCAAGAAGGUUGACCAGGUCGAGACUAACGGGCAGAUCAUCCGAGAAUUUUCAAUCUCCACUUCUGUGACCGAGAUUGAGCACGGCUUCAUCACUGACUUCGAUCCAAACAUCCCGUACACUGGCACCGUCGAGGUAAAGUACUUCGAUAACAAAGCCACAGGCCGUCCACUCAAGUUCAUCAUGGGUCCGACGGAGAUCAUCGUUCACGAGUACACAGAAGGUCCUGUCGAGAUUCCAUCACCUGAUGAUGAAUACUGGGAUAUGAGCGAUACAUGUUUGAACAUGACGGCCAAGGACGCCCUCACGGACUUUUCACUUCCCACGCCGGUGCCCAAGGAUCCCUACGCUUUCGAUGCCCGCCGAAAAAUCACCGAGUGGUGCGAACAUUAUGGUGGUUGCGACGGAGGGCGUGGUAAUACGACGUCAUCAAUUGGAAGUGGCAGAAAGCUUCUCGGCGGCGGCAGGAGUCCUAAGCCUGCGCCUGCGCCUGCGCCUUCGAAUGUCGCCUGCUCUGGAGCAAAUCAGUGUCACGCUGACAUCCUGGGAAGCUCCCAAACGGCCAGAAAUGGCGUGAUGUCAAUCAGCCUUCCCCCGGAUGAUAAAGGUUUCCCGGUGACGUUCACCAUGGAAAGUUGGACGAACGGCUGCGGAAUCAAGAGUCUCGGAUUGUCCGGCAGCUGUGGUAGCUUUGAUUGCUCUGUCACAGGAACGCUCAACGGAAAAGAUGUUUGCUGUGACAAUUCAAAGUACUGUGGUCCUAAUGGCCGUCUCGACGGCGAAAUCUCGUUCGAUCUUAUGAACUUCAUCAAGCACGAGAAAAUCAGAGAAAUGAUCGAAAAAGCUGGAUUCGAGGGUGGAGUCGCCUUACAGUUUGGGUACGCCAUGCCAUCUAAUUCACGUGCUGGCAUCGCGACGGUCACUCUCGUCGGCUGGAUCCAAGCCGAGGCGACAAUUUCCAUCACGGACAUUAUGACUGGCAGACGUCUUCUCGCAGAAGACAUCGACGAAACCGAAGAUCUUCUUGAUGACGAAGGCACCAAAGACCAGCUUGGUCUUCCUCGUGGGCUUCGUAGGCUUCUGGAAGAAGAAGCAUCUGGGAGACAGCUCUUGUGCAGCAACCCCCGCUCAUGCAGAAGGAAGAAGAAGCGGGCAAACCGGGCAAAAAGAUGUAUUGAAAACGGCGGAUGCGGUUUCUUUGACCAAAUGGGGAAUUUUUUCGACGAAGUCGGGAACAUGUUUGAUGCUGCGUCUGUGACUGCGGCUGCUCGAUUGGAAGUCCAAGGCACCGCGACUCAUGACUUCAUCUCGAAACGCACUUCAUUCGGUGCCAGUUUCACGGUUGACGCUUCUCUCGGUCCGAUCACGCUGGAGUACACGAAGGGAAUAGGGUCCUAGGACUGCCGCUGAUCCGAGCGCGUCGAGGAAAGGGUGAAUGAGCCGGGGUACCCAUGCCCCGGCGCCCUUGUAGGACGAGCGCCAGGAUCACACCAA